GUAACUUUCCACCGAGUCAUACAGUUUAAAUCAGCUUCCAUUGAGCUUCGAUCUCCCUCACUUUCUUCUCCUCUGAGGACCCUUCACUGAAAUUACAGCUACAGAACUUCAACCCAGCUUCAGGCAUAAUAAUGUCUUACUCCCAAUACAAAAAGGAGUCAAACUGAACAACAAGAAGAAGAAGAAUUAGGUUGAUUUCAGGGCAUUCAUCAUCUUGGAGAUUUGGAACCCAAAGCAUGAUGGAAGUAGUCAAGUUCUUUGAAACAGCUCCUGAUGGGAAGAGUCGAAAUUGCAAGUUCUGCAAGCAAAGCUAUCCUAUUGCUACGGCUUUCGGGAAUUUGGGGAGGCAUUUGAAAUAUUACCAUCCUGGAUAUGAUAAGAUGGAUGAUGCAAUCUCCAGCCUAUCGCCACAACCCAUCACCAUUAUAUCGUCUUUGGGUGAUGCCAAUGCCAGACCAUCUCCGCAGCCUAUCACAAACGGAAGGGAAACCGCUGAUAAGAAUGGUGGUGCUGCCCCCAGGUCGUCGCUGCAGUCCAUUACAAGUGAAUUGCAGAGCGCUGAUAAGAUGGGGGAUGCCAUAUCUAGUCUAUCUCCGCAGUCCAUAACAACUGUAUCGAACAGGGAUGUGGAACCUAAAAGCACGCCGGAAAUAGCAAUAGUCACUGAGGUGGCAUCAUUGUAUCUCAAGUUCUUUGAAACAGCUCCUGACGGGAAGAGUCGAAGUUGCAGAUUCUGUAACCAAAGCUAUCCUAAUCCAACAGCCUAUGGGAAUUUGGGAAGGCAUUUAAAAUAUCGGCAUCCUGAAUAUGAGAAGAUGGGUGAUUUUCUCUCCAGCUCAUCCCUGCGGCACACUGCAACUGUAGCAGAGAGGGCAGACAAGACGGGUGAUGCCAUCCCCAGCCCAUCCCCAUCGCCCAUUGCAACUGUGGCGGGAAUAACUGAGAAGAAGGGUGAAGCCGUUCCCAGACAGUCAUUGCUGCCCAUCACAACUGUAACCAAGACUGCUGAUAGGGGAAACAUUCGUGCCGCAAAACCAACUGAAGAUUCAGUGACUUCGUUCUUUGAAAUAUCUUCUGAUGGAAUGAGUCAAAGUUGCAAAUUUUGCAACCUCAGCUAUUCUAUUGCAACGGCAAUUGGGAAUUUGCAAAGGCAUCUGAAGCAUCGUCAUCCUGAUGAAUAUGAUAAGAUGGGUGAUACCGUCUCGAACACAUCAACACAGCUUGUUACAACUGCAUCAAAGAGUAGCACUGUGGAUCUUGACAAUCUGAACUGGUUACUACUUAGGUGGCUCAUAGGAGGUUCUUUUCCACCCUCUGCUUUGCAAGAUAAGUGGCUAUCGAACUCCUUCAAAUUUGUCAAUCCCAUGGUCAAAUUAUGGUCGAAUGAAAGGCUUCAAGCUAUCAUUCGGGAGGUAUUUAAAAGCACGCAGGAAGAUGUAAAGGCUUCAUUGGAACUUGUUAACUCUAAGAUCUCACUUACCCUUGAUUUCUGGACUUCCUACCAACAGAUCUUCUAUAUGAGCAUCACUUGCCACUGGAUUGAUGAGAGCUGGUCUCUGCAUAAGGUUCUUCUUGACAUUUUGCGCAUACCUUUAUCGUGUGCUGGUGCUGAUAUCUACCGCGUUAUUGUGAAAGUCCUCAAGAUAUACAACAUUGGAAACAAAAUUCUCUCCUGCACCCAUGAUAACAGUCAGAAGACCAUACAUGCUUGCCACAAACUAAAAGCGUAUUUGGAUGGUCAGAAUUCAAUGGCCUUCUGCUAUAUCCCAUGUGCUGCUAGAACACUAAACCUAAUCAUAGAGGACGGACUGAGAAAUGCAAAACCUGUGAUAUCUAAAAUACGGGAAUUCGUACUCGAGUUGAACAUGUCUCCAGCAAUAUCAUCUGAUUUCAAGCAAACAGCAUCAGCAUAUCAAGAAGGUUCAUGGGAAUUCCCUAUUGAUAUUUCUACUCGAUGGAGUGGCAGUUAUGCAAUGCUAGAUAUUGCGUGCAAGGCCUCUAAAUCCAUGGACGUUGUUAUAAGAAAGCAUGCAGAUACUCUGGAUGGUAGUUACAUGCUCCUGAACCCUGGAGAGAAAGUUUCUGUUAGUAUCAUGCACCUAUUCCUUGAGCCGUUCCAGAAGACCGCAAACAACAUAUGCACAAGCAAAUUCCCAACUGUUGGACUGGUACUAGUCUUUAUGGAUCAUGUCUUCGAGAUGAUUGCUGCUUGCAGGGGUUCCCGUAACACCCCAGACUGGCUAAAGAAUUGUGCUGAAGAUAUGGCGAUAAAGGGUAAGAUCUACAACGAUCAAGUACAUAACUUAUACACUUACAUGGCCAUAAUCCUUGAUCCGAGGUUCAAAGUUGGUCUUAUCCCUGAAAGAUUCAAACUGGAAAGCAAUCUGAAAGAGGCAAGGGACCAUUUCAUGAGACAUUAUUCGACUACCCAUUUUCCAACACCGGCUAAUGGGUACAGCACUCAGGAAAAGGAAGACGGAGGCAAUUGGAAAAGACGUAGAGUUGACAUGCCAACAUCUACAGAUGAGCUCAGUCAGUAUUUGUCCGAGGCUCCAUCUCCCAUCACCACUGAUAUCUUGGACUGGUGGAAACGAAACAGUUCCAAGUACCCACGCUUAUCUGUAAUGGCUCGAGAUUUUCUGGCUGUCCAGUCCACUUCAGUUUCGCCUGAUGAAGCUUUCAGUGAAAAAGGUGACGAGGUUGAUAACCAAAGGUUCUGUCUUCCCCAUGGAAGCACACAGCCAGUUUUGUGCAUGAAGGCAUGGAGUGAGAGUGGUUUCAAGUUGAAGUACCGGUCAGCGGAAGUCAACUUUGAAAAGCUUAUGGAACCUGUCAUGAGGUCCUAGUACUGACACCCCCACAAACCCAGGCAUGGAAGCUUUGGUAUUGGAACCAAGGAAAACAUCUAGAGUUGCUCGAUGUCACAUUGAGAGAACAUUGCUAUGCAUCCAAAUUGGAUUACCAUGUGUUCAAGAAGAUAUCAAUGUGUAGGCAUGGAAGCUUUGGAAUGAAGGAAACCUCUACAGUUGCUCGAUCCCAAAUUUGUUUACUAUGUAUUCAACUACUCUGCUGUCACUCUUGCAGCACCUCUAACACCGUCUAUACAUUCAGAUAACAUAAUCCAAUAUCCAUUAUCUAGAUGUUAACAA